AUGAGGCCCGGAUUAGUAGCUAAUAAGCUACUUAGAAAAAGGUUGGGAAGUAACCGAGACGAGGAAUCCCUACUUGAAAUUCAAAGCUCAAUCCAACACUUCAUUCCCAACGAAGUCUCCAAUGAUCAAAAGGACACACACAAGUACAAAAUUUUUGUUAGCACAUGGAACGUUGGAGGCGUUGCACCGCCGGACGAUUUGAACUUGGAGGAUUGUCUAGACACAUGCAAUAACCCAUGUGACAUCUAUGUUCUUGGGUUCCAAGAGACGGUCCCAUUGAAUGCCGGGAAUGUUCUCGUCCCCGAAAAAAGUAGAAUUUCCAUGAAAUGGAAUUCCUUGAUCCGAUCUGCUCUAAACAAGAACGUGCCCCCCUCGACGAAGAAUCAAGACCUCAAGGUGGGAGAGAAACAAAAGGUUUAUCCGGUUAAGGACGGCGAUUCAGAGACAAGCAUCCCACAGGAUUUCAAAUGCGUAAUCAGUAAACAGAUGGUUGGAAUUUUCAUGUCUGUUUGGGUUCGAGGUGAUCUUCAGCGAUACAUUCAGCAUCCGAGCGUCUCGUGUAUCGGUUGUGGGAUCAUGGGUUUCUUAGGAAAUAAGGGCUCGGUGUCUAUUAGAUUUUGCUUGCAUGAAACAAGCUUCUGCUUUGUGUGUACUCAUUUGGCGUCGGGAGGGAAAGAAGGGGAUGAAAUGCAUAGAAAUUCUGAUGCUGCAGAUAUAUUAUCUAGAACAAGGUUCCCUCGUUGCCCAUCGCUUCAUUUGCCACGAAAGAUCCUUGAUCAUGAUAGGGUUAUUUGGCUCGGUGACUUGAACUACCGGAUCUCCAUGCCGGAGGACACAACUCGCUGGUUAGUGGAAAAACAGGAUUGGGACAUUAUAUUAGAAAAUGAUCAGCUAAAGGUAGAGCUCUCCGAAGGCCGUGUAUUCGAAGGUUGGAACGAGGGAAUCAUCGAAUUCGCACCUACGUACAAAUAUUAUCGCAACUCUGACAAGUAUUAUGGGUGCGAUAAAGGCAAAAAAGGCGAAAAAAGGCGUCCACCCGCAUGGUGCGACCGCAUUCUUUGGCACGGGAAAGGAUUGAAGCAGAAGCGAUACACUCGUGGCGAAUCAAGAUUGUCUGAUCAUAGGCCCGUUCGAGCAGUAUUCACCGCAGAAGUUGAAAUCAUCAAGAAUUUGAAUGCCUUCAAAAAUUUCCUCGUGUCGGAUCGAUUCAACUCCGUAGAGACUCAUCUCGACAUUUUUCCAAGCAAUGAUUGUCUAUGCAAUGGAAGAUUAAGUUUACACAUUUAAGGUUCGGUGAUACACUUGUUUUAUCGUGGUGUGAUCCUUAUAUUAGAGUGGCUUAAGAAACUUAAGGCCUAUGUAUGUAUGUAUGUGUAUGUGUAAUUUGCAGGACUAUCUACAAUGUAUAGUGAUUGCCAGUUUCCUAGUUAGAAGUAGAUUGCCAAGGGACUCCACUCUUAUUUUAUGGAGUUGAAAACCUUGUAGGUUUUAAUAGUUUAUAUUCAUGGUAGACGUAUUUUUGUAUCAAAUGUUAGAGAUUAUGAAUUUUG